GCCGGUUCGUGCGCUCGGAGAGGGUUCUCAGUUUGGGUGCGGCUUUGGCUCGACUCGGCGCUGCGCGUUUCACUUCGGCACGGCUCAGCUCUGCUCGGCUCUGCUCGGCUCAGCUUGGCUCGGCUCGACUCGACUCGACUCGAAUCGACUCGACUCCCAAUCACGCCACGAGGACUGCCAAUAUAAGUCAGCCGUACAGCCGAGACGGCCAGGCCCGCCAGGCCCGAUCGGGUCGAGCAUUUCGACCGAGAUUGAGCGGAAGCUCAGCGCAGCUCAGCGCGGGGGCUCCCGAGGCGCUGCCGCCGGUGCUGUCGGGCCCCCCGGACGCGGAUGUGAGUCGGGCGCCGGGUGUCCCGACGGGCGUCCCGACGGGGCGGCCGCCGCCGGCGCCUCCGCGAUGGACUAGGGCGGCGCGCGAAGACCGCCAUGACGUCCGAUGGCUGAGCCGGCCGGGGGACGUCCUCCUCCUGCUGCUGCUGCUGCUCGUCGCGGUCCUGGUUGGCGGGCUCCCGGAGGCGAGGCGCGCGGCGUGGGGCGCCGAAGCAUCGGGGACACCCCCACGGACGCGUGGCUAAUCAGGUCCAUGUCCGUCCGCCGGCGCGGCUGCUCUGUGGACGCGGACUGCCUGCGCGCGGCGCGCUGCCUCCGCCGCCUGCCCCCCUUGGCCGAGGCGCCGCGCUACGCGCCCGUCUGCCGCUGCAUCCACCCGCCGGCCCCGACCACCACGACCACGACCAUGGCCUCCACCACCGCCGUCACGGUGACGACGGUGACGGCAGAGGCCGUCGGCAACCUCACGACCACCCCGGGCGCGCACAGCAUCAGCAGCAGGGGCCAGUGCGUGCAGGCGCGCGUGCUCGGCCAGCCCUGCCACCUGGACACCGAGUGCUCGCCAGGGAUGGUGUGCUCGCUGUCGGACUACUUGUGCGAGUGCAGCGUCGGCAGGCAGUACUCGCCGCUGCGCGCGCGCUGCGAGCCGGACCCCAACACGGUGCGCUCGCGCCACCGCGACCCCUGGACCCUGGACCUGCCGCCGAUCGCCGACAUGGACGCCGAGGUGGUGGAGACCAUCCCGGCCACCUACGACUGCCCGCUGCUCGUCGGCAUGAUCUCCGUGGUGCUGGUCCUCAUCUGCCUGGUGGUGGCGGCCUACUGCCGCUUCACCGACCCCCCGCCCAAGCCGCCCGGGUACCGGCCCGCGCGCACCGAGCGAGAGGAGGGCGAGCCCUUCGAGUGGUGGAGUGAGACGUCCCCCCUGAGGUCUUCCUGGGGCGGCGAGAGCGACAUAUCAUCGCUGCGCCGCGUCAAGCAGUGCUCGUGCGACCUGGCGCAGUCCGUGCAGUCUGCCGCCCAGGACGAGGUGCCACCGAGGCCGCCGUCGACGCCGCGGAGUCCGCGCGCGGUCCCGCCACCCAGGGUGCCCAUCCAGCAGCUUCCCGACGACCUGUCGCUGAGCCCCGACUCGCCCCCGCUUCCCUUCCACCACCCGCUGGGCCCGCUCGGACCCUACCUCGACCCGCUGGCUCACGCCAGGGCGCUGUCGAGGACGCCGUCGAUGUCUUCCCGCUCCCAACAGCACCACCACGUCCAGCUGCCCCCUCUGCCACCGCUGCAGGGCAACGUCCGACUGUUCCUGCAGCAGGUGCCCCCCGCUGGGGCGGUCAGGUGAAGGCGGCCUGGGCCCCGCUGAGCUGCGCAAACUUGUAAUUUAAGCUGCUUAUCGAGAUAAAACGCCUGAUUUAGAUGUAUGCGCAGCAACGCGAGCAAGAAAGUUUUAAUGGUGUCGGAAAGGGCGUUAUUGUGUCCCACAAGUCAUCUUUUGACGACAAUGAUGUCAUCUUGACAUCAUUAUGACUUUACUGUUCUGAUGUCUGGGCGGUGGACCAGAAACCCAGACGACGCGCUGGCCUGUAAAAAUAUUUUGUGACACACCUUGUUGUUGCCCAUUUACCCCUUAUUACCUUGAGUCGACUGGGAAAGAUUGAUGAAUUAUAAUACACUCACAUUGUUGUAUUAUUGUCAAACAACAUAUCAAAUCUGUGUAGGCUACGUUAACAUUUUCUAUAGGUGCCUUUCAAGUUAGGAUCGGUAAAAUUUGCUCACCAGGGAACCAAUGUUGUUCAUUUUUUGAUACCUUUAAACUUUUUCGCCCGUAGACUUCUUUGGGAUCUAAAUCGAAACUUAGCUGCAUAUUCAUAUAGAACACGUCUAGGGCCAGCUGCAGCUGCAGCUUCUGCCCCGCGCCUUUCCUAUCAUAUACCAUGUCAUAUUGUACGUUGCUGAUAAGAGAGAAAAGAGCUUUGCCCUUUGCAAUGUGCCUUCACCCCCUCCCUCUUCUACGGGGAGCGCUCAUUCUACGUUACCGUACUUGCAAAAUUAAUUUUAUUCUCUGUGAUAAUGUAGGGAUACACCAUGUAUAUAAAUGAAAUGCUUCUCCUUAUCAUGUAUUAGUUUUCUUUUUUUAUUGGAACACAUUAAACUGUGAUAAAUGGUU